GGAAGAAGAGGAGGAUAUCAACUUUUAGAGAUUUAGAGACGAAUUUUAGUAAAGUUUAAAGCUUAAGAAAUGUAAAUUGCAAUGAACCCAAACACUGUAAAUAAUGCAAUGCAACGUAAUGCAAUGCAGCGCGCAUUUCGCAUGUGAGUGUUGAGCGCGGGAAAACGCGGAUCGCGGCCGCAGCAGCAACAAAAACACCGACCGUCUCUCAGACAUAUCCAAUUGCAAGGUGCAAUUUCGAUGGACACAACUCAACAAUAAUAAUAUUUGGCACAAGAACAAGACAAGUGAAAGUGUACCACCGAGUGGGCGCCUGGCGCUAAAAUAAUAUGGAACAGGUCGACUCAUCAACCGAGCUGCACCUGAAUAGGAAAGACUUGGCCGCGCUGGCCGACGACGUUGUGAAAGAAGAGGUGAUAUUGGAGAGUCCGGGCCAUCACCAUCAUCAUCAUCAGCAUCACCAGCAUCAUCAGUUGGACUCCAAGGUUCGCAUGGUCACAUCCUCCUCAAACGACAACAGCGGCAGCGGCGGUGCCAGUGGCGGAACGAGCGGACCCGGCGGUCAGAGCGGCGGCGGCGGUGGCAACAGCGGCGGUGUGGUAUCAGUGCCUGUGUCCCUGCCCAUUGGAUCGAUGCUAACCGGCACCACCUUUAAUGUGAUCACACCCGACCAGCUGCCCCACUUCAAGCCGAUGCUGUGCGUCGACAACAAUGGCUACCUGUCCGGCAGCACGGUCAGCAUGGGCAACGACCUCAAGACGAUCGUUAUCCAGCAGCAACAGACGCAGCCGGGCGGCGGCGGAGCUGGCGGUGGAGGCGGCGCCAACAGUGCGGGCACCAACACGACCGCCACAAAUACGAUUGGACUGAACCAUGAUGGCUCCGGUAGCAAUAACAGCCACGAUAGCCUGGCCACCUUGGAGCAUACCGGCGCCGGAGGAGCGGGCACUGGCGGUGGUGGUGGCACAGGCGGCGGUUCCACCGGUUGGUCGGAGAACCCCUCCACCCAGCACAUGGAGGUCUUCCAGAUUCGCUGUAAAACCACCUGCGCCGAGCUAUACCGCAGCAAGCUGGGAUCAGGCGGACGCGGCCGCUGUGUUAAGUACAAGGAUAAGUGGCACACGCCCAGCGAAUUCGAGCAUGUGUGCGGCCGGGGCUCCAGCAAGGAUUGGAAGCGGUCCAUCAAGUAUGGUGGCAAGUCGCUGCAGUCCCUUAUCGACGAGGGCACGCUCACGCCGCACGCGACCAACUGCAGCUGCACGGUCUGCUGUGACGACGAAGCAGGUGAGUCAGCAUCCGGACCAGUGCGUCUCUUCACGCCGUACAAGCGGCGGAAGCGAAAUCAAACGGAUCUCGACAUGGAGCCGGGACCCAAACGCAAGCGCAAUGCCCAUCAUAGCAACAACAAUAAUAGUAAUACCAAUAACAACAACACGAGCGGCGGAAGCUCAGCCAACAAUUGUGUGGACGUGACCGCCGCCGUGGCUGCUGCAACGGCCAAUGUGGUGGAUGAGAACAACAUGUUCCUGGCGGAGGAGAAUAUAACGUCCAAGGAUGAGCCAUGGGCGGCGCUAAACGAUAGUUUGGACACCUCCACCGAGCUGGUUGACCAGAGCCAAAUGGGCAACGCCUACGAGCGGGAAACGUUUGUGGUUAAUAUCAACGAUGGCUCCUCCAUCGCCGUCCUGGACACCAGUCAAUCGAUAAAGAAUAUCGAGCAUGUCUACUGCACCAUGGUCAAGGCGACCAAUGAUUUCAAGCGCCUGCUGAACGACAUGAAACAGUCCUACGAGCGUCGCAUCGAGGUCCUGCAGAAGGAGCGCGAUGCGGCGGUCAGUGCAAUGCGUGUCCAGGUUCAUGCGGACAUUGACGAUCCCAAUAUAUCUGGUUCCCUGCAUGGCAAUGAGAUCAUAUCGGCCAAAAAGUGCGCCAACUGUAACAGAGAAGCGCUGGCCGAGUGCUCACUGUGCCGAAAAACGCCGUACUGUUCAGAGUUCUGCCAGCGCAAGGAUUGGAAUGCUCACCAGGUGGAAUGCACAAGAAAUCCACAGACGACAACGCAACAAGUCAUGCUUUUGAUCGAUGAUCAGUCCUAAGCAACAUAACGAAUUGUACAUACAAAUUUUACUACUAAUUAUUACGAUCGAUUAUACAAAGUUCCCCUUCCUCCUACCCCUAUCCCCCAUCCUUACAACUGAAUGGUCCCUCCCCCCUGCUUACCCCGAGAUCGACCCCUUGAGCAUGUUGUCGACAUCCUCUUAGACUUAUGUCCUAUAUUAAUGUAAUUCUUAACGUACAUAUAACUAUAUAAAUAUAUAUAUAUAUAUACAUUUUACUAUUGAACGUAGGGCAACCCAGCAAAAAAAGAAGAAAAAAAAAAACAAACGAAAAUAAAAGUAAUUAAAAAAAAAAGAGUAAAAGGUAGCAAGCGAAAAUCAAAGCAAGUGCAAAGGCGUAGAGAAUUAAUUAAGCUACGAUUUGAAAGUAACAAGAAACUAAACCGAUUACAUGUAAUUCAAUUUAAAUUUAAUUAAAUUAAUAAUAGUUGCAAAGCGCGCAUAGCAUAACUAACAAGACCCCCUCCCCGACCUAUACACACCGCACACACCAUAAACACACCACUCAUCUCCACAGUGAAAGAAUAUGGAAGGAAAGAUAAAAUCGUAGCGAAGAUAACACACAAAUUCUGAAAUUACCAUACAUAUUCGUCUAUGUAUACACCUUUCAUUAGAUCUAAGCGCAUAGUUAAACUUUUAACAUUUUACAAUUAUAAUUUUAUGGAUACUACUGCCCGUUACAAGCAUCCAAAUAAUAAAGAUUUCAAACAAGAAAA